AUGCGAGCGAGGGUGCAGCUGAGUGGAGAGACCUCGGAUGACUUUGCAGUUGUCUCUGGUGUGAAGCAAGACUGUGUCCUAGCUCCUGCUCUGUUUAAUAUAUAUCUUCAUGCAAUGUUGUCUUGUGCUUUUGAUGCGGCUUGUGCUUGCGGUGUUCGUGUGGAGCACCGUAUUGAUGGUGGGUUGCUGAACAUCCGUCGUUUCGGUGCGAGAACUCUAGUCCGUGAGACAACUAUCCGUAUGUUGCUGUUUGCUGACGACUGUGCGUUGUUUUUACACAGCGCGGAUGAGUUGCAGCACAUGACUAUUGCUCUGGCUUCGACAGCGGCCAAAUUCGGGCUCACCAUCAACGCAAGCAAAACUGUCUGUCUCUUUCUGCCUUCACCGGAGGUGCACUCUUCAAUAUUGCCGCAAAUUAGCAUUGGUGCUGAAGUAUUGGAAACCACCUCCCGCUUUUGCUACCUUGGGAGUGUGAUAUCGACUGAUCAGCAGCUACACGUUGAGUUGCGUAAUCGCGUGUCGAAGGCGACAGCGGCAUUCGGGAAGCUUGAGUACCGAGUGUGGAACAACCAUCAGCUUAGCAUUGGCACGAAGCUGAUGGUGUACAAAUCCAUGGUACUGUCCGUUCUUCUAUACGGCAGUGAAACGUGGACGAUGUACCGGCGGGAUGUGCGAUAUCUCGUGCGGUUCCAUCAGCAGUGUCUGCGACGAAUUUUGCGGAUCGGCUGGGGCGCCAGAGUUGCAGACACGGAAGUGUUGCGCCGAAGUGGGAUGUAUGCAGUGGACGGCAUACUUUUAUUGAGACACCUGAGAUGGCUCGGUCAUGUGAGCCGUAUGGAUUCGACGUGGAUACCGAAACAACUUUUAUACGGUCAGUUGAGUAUUGGGAAGCGGCACGUGGGGAAAUCAAAGUUACGUUACCAGGACAUGAUUAAAGUGAGCCUCACACGUUCUAAUCUUGAUUACAGAUCAUGGGAAUCGAAGGCGGUUGAUCGUGGUGCGUGGCGCGAUCUAAUCACGAAGGCAGUUGCUGAAGUGCGGGAGAAAGCCCUCUUGCAUGCAGAGAAGAAGCGGCAAGCACCGAUGAAUUGUACUCCAUCGACAUCGAGCGCAUGGUGCUGUAGAACAUGCGGUCGCGAGUGCCUUAGUUAG